UCGGGUAGUAGUUAUCUUUCCGUAAACCAUCUUGUUGUUGUGUCGCGGACGGCAGGUCCCAAGGAAGGAUUCCAUCUCCAUUUACGGAAAUAAUAUUUGCACCUGAACCGUCAUUGUUGGCAUUCGGUUUGUUAGGAGCCCGUGAGAACUAAACUACGAAAACAUGUCGGCCGAACAAGUGAUCGAUUUGGUGGGUGACGAAAAUGACGAUGUGAUUGUGAUUGAUGACAGUCCCAAGACCAGCAUAUCCGAGGAUUGUCCAAUGCAGGAUGCCGAUCGAGCCGACGAGCCGGAACAGAAGCCCUUCGAGUCUCAGGUACCCAUCCCAGUGGAUAUGGACAUGGAGGACGAAGUAAUCCCAAUCAACAACCAAACCUUGGCCGAGGAGAAGAAGAAUGCUGGCAAUGAGCUGUACAAGAUCAAACAGUAUAAUGGAGCACUACAGCUAUAUUCGGAGGCCAUCAACCUAUGUCCGGACACUCCGGCAUACUACGGGAACAGGGCCGCUACCUACAUGAUGAUUGGCGACUACAAAUCCGCUCUCAGGGACGCAAAGCAUUCGGUCCAAAUCGAUGCCAAUUUCGAGAAAGGCUAUAUGCGUAUCGCCAAAUGCUCCUUGCUAAUGGGUGAUUUGAUUGGUACCGAGCAGGCCAUUAAGAAAUUCCUGGAGUUGGAUCCAUCCAACCAAGCACUGAGGCCAGAGUUGAUCAGUCUGAAGCAGCUGCGCGAUCUCAAUGAGAAAGUUGUCAAUUGCUAUGACAAAAAGGACUACCGGACAUGCUUGUAUCACUGUGAUAAUGCCAUCAAGAUUGCCCCUGCCAGCACACAGUACAGAUUGCUGAAAGCAGAAUGCUUGGCGCUUUUGGAGCGUUUCGAAGAAGCUGGAGACAUUGCCAUCAGCAUUAUGCAGUCCAAUUCGACCAACGCGGAUGCGAUCUAUGUGCGUGGAUUGACGCUCUACUACAGCGAUAAUUUGGAAAAAGGUCUGUUGCACUUCGAGCGGGCCUUGCAGUUCGAUCCGGAUCACAAAAAGGCGAAAGCGAUGCGUAUCAAGGCCAAACAGCUGAAAGAACGCAAAGAGAAGGGUAACGAGCUGUUCAAGAGUGCGAAGUUCAAAGAUGCGCAACUUGUCUAUACGGAAGCACUGGCGCUGGAUCCACUUAACAAGGAGAUCAACAGCAAACUUUUUUACAACCGUGCGUUGGUAAAUUCAAAACUCGGAAACAUCAGAGACGCCAUCAACGAUUGCACCUGCGCUCUGGGUGUGAACGAAAGAUACAUGAAAGCACUGCUACACAGGGCAAAGCUACAAUACAAUUUGGAGAACUUUGAUGAAUGCGUUAAGGAUUACGAAAAAGCUCUGAAAUUCGAGAAGACUAUGGAAAUAAAGAACCUGCUCAAAGAUGCUAAAUUACAACUGAAGAAAUCGAAGCGCAAGGAUUACUACAAGAUCUUGGGAAUUACUAAACAGGCCACCGAAGAAGAGAUUAAGAAAGCAUACCGCAAACGAGCUCUAGUACAUCACCCUGACCGUCACGCCAAUGCCACGGAAGAGGAAAAGAAAGAUCAGGAAAAGAAAUUCAAAGAAGUUGGUGAAGCGUACACGAUCCUCUCUGAUGCGGUUAAAAAGUCCCGGUACGACAAUGGUUAUGAUAUUGAAGAUCUGGAUCAGUCAGACGUUGACCCACAGCAAAUGUUCCGACAGUUCUUCCAGUUCCCGGGUGGUGAUUCGAACUUUGGAGGCUACGGAGGCGGCAACAAUAAUUUCACAUUCCGUUUCGGUUAAGCACGGUCGGAGGAGUCCGGUAGAGUGUGGCUGUGCAUCCGAUCGGAAUUAGCUGCGGCUGUUUUAGCAUGAACACAAACUAGAACUAUCGUUCUAAGGCCGACCAUCCUAUCCGUUUGUAGUCGAUAGUGUAAAGUUGUAUUUUUUAAGCUAAUGUAUUGACGUUUAAGAAAAGGUAAUCGUUUGAACCAAUCCGAAUGUAUCGCAAAUUUUAAACAGGCAGAAAUGGGAAGAUUGAGGGGCGUUCUGGUAUCGCCGUCUCUCUUCUCUGGGUGUGUCUGUCGGACUGUUUUCGCAGCAGAGCAGUGUUCUAUUUUGAUUUCGUUAUUCCAUUUGAUGCAAUCCGUUCUCGACUACUACUACUGGGUACACGGAAAUUGCAAGUCUGUUGGAGAAACAAAAGCUAGAUAAACUACAUAACAUCCUCUAAGUAGUAGGUAAGCAGAAAAUGUAGUCGUGCAGUAGUAAGUUUUCCUGCAAAUCAGAAGAAAAAAAAAAGUGGCGUGUACUCUCAGUUUACUUAACAUUACUCAAGUGCAAAAUAGAAGCAUGUUGAUUGAUCACAACAAUAAAACAAA